AUUUGAGAAAUCUUGGGGUGCCACUCAGUAUGCGAACAUGUGGGGGCAGUACUGAGCCAUGAGUAAUGAGUCUGCCGGGAAAACACACCACGAAGAAGACUGUCAGCCUCGCCAUGGCGGAAACAGAGCAGCAGUCAGGAUCGACUCCUGAAGAUGAAGCCCCUGAGGAGGGGGCCAGCUUCACCUUUAUGGUGCCUAAGAAAGAAAUCAGCAUGGUGCCUGACAUGGGAAAGUGGAAGCGCUCUCAGGCCUACGCUGACUACAUAGGCUUUAUUCUGACGCUGAACGAAGGUGUGAAGGGAAAGAAGCUCACGUGUGAAUAUAAAGUGUCUGAGACGGUGGAGAAGCUCAUGGAUCUUCUGGGAACUCUGGACCAAUGGAUAAAUGAGACGCCUCCCGUCGACCAGCCGUCACGCUUCGGAAAUAAGGCGUACAGAACCUGGUUUGCCAAACUAGAUCAGGAAGCAGAGGCGCUGGUGUCGGUGGUCCUCCCUGCUGAUAAAUGUGCAGCAGCUCCAGAGAUUGCCGUCUAUCUGAAAGAGUCUGUGGGAAACUCCACCAGGAUAGACUACGGCACAGGUCAUGAAGCAGCUUUCGCAGCGUUCCUCUGCUGUCUCUGUAAGGUUGGAGCGCUCAGGGUGGAUGAUCAGCUCGCUAUCGUCUUUAAGGUGUUCAACAGGUAUCUCGAAGUGAUGCGGAAACUGCAGAAGACCUACAGAAUGGAGCCGGCUGGGAGUCAGGGUGUCUGGGGGCUGGAUGACUUCCAGUUUCUCCCCUUCAUCUGGGGCAGCUCCCAGUUUAUAGAUCACCCAACCCUGGAGCCUCGGCACUUUGUCGACGAGCGGGUGGUGAACGAGCACCAUCAGGACUACAUGUUUCUAGAGUGCAUCAAGUUCAUCAAUGAGAUGAAGACGGGUCCGUUUGCUGAACACUCCAACCAGCUGUGGAACAUCAGUGCCGUUCCCUCCUGGUCCAAAGUCAACCAGGGCCUGAUCAGAAUGUACAAAGCUGAGUGUUUGGAAAAGUUCCCCGUGAUCCAGCACUUCAAGUUCGGUAGCUUGCUGUCCAUCCAGCCGGCAAAGCCUUGACUCUCAUGCGAGGAAACGCGAUGGAAAAGACCAAAAUCCCAACUCGUUGGAACCUGCAGUUUCCCUUCCUCUGGCGUCCUCACGUGCAAAUCCGACAGUAGCAAAAGACAACCACAUGUAGUGUGACACCUCAUCCCCUCAUGGGCACGCGUGUGGUCAUGAAAGCUUGCAGAUAUCCAUAACUUUAAUGCAAAGGUGGAAGAAGAGCUUUGUGAAUCUGGAGCAUCGCAUUUUUGUCAUGUUAUUUAAGUGAUGGAUAGAGUUUGAGGGACUUUUGUUUUGUUAUCAGGUUUGCUCAUUGGUGCUUUAUAUUUAAAUUUGACACUGGAGUGGAUAAAAAUAUGACUUCUUCAUAAUCUUCUGCCAUAGUUCCAUCUUCGGUUUUACUGCUUUUUCAACCAAAUGUUUGCAUUUGUUUUCUUUUUUGCAGAACUACCAAUAAUUAAAUUUCCCAUUUUGUCCAAACAUCUCAUUCAUAAUUUGACAUGAAAAAUGUACUCUAUAUUUUAUACUUUAAGAAAUGUAUUGUGGGAAAAGUAACGGAUUAGAUUUGACAGUCUUUGCAUGAAAGCUUUCUUUUUCAUUAGUUUUCUGUCCCUCACAGUCACCGUCAGUAGUGUAAACCGGUGUCUUCUUCCAAUCCCGGCCCAGUCUGAAUUUAUUUCAUCUGACAUCAGCUCCAAUAGUAAAUACUGUAAAGUGACAAACCAUGAAUAAAUUCCUGUGGUUGUUCUGUGCAGCUUUUUCCUGAAAACGCUCACCACAAACAAAAGAUUUAUGAUUUCUCUCUCCUGCUUUACAUUUUACGUGUUCUAAAGCCGUUUUAAUUUAAUAAAAGAGAAACAAUUUUUGUGACCCCCAAAACUUGAUUUCAUACAUUUCACCUCUCCGUGCACUUGAUUUGUCUUCAUAUUUUCAGUGUAAUAUUAAAGCCACUAUAUAAAGUCCUGUG